AUGCCGAGCGCGGCGGAACCGGCUGCGCUGUCCGAGAACGCGGACCAGGAACCCGGCGUGGACCCGCGACUGCGACUCCUGGGGGCCUGCGUGGCCCGGAGCCUGCGGCCGGCUGCCGGGGCCUGGGAGCGCUGCGCGGGCACGGCCGAGGCGGAGCAGCUGCUCCAAGCCUUCCUGGGCCGCGAUGCUGCCGAGGGGCCGCGGCCGCUGCUGGUGGUGCGGCCCGGGCCCGGGGGCCUGGCGCUGUGGCCGGGGCUGGACGCGGGACCGGAGUCCGGCCCGCCUCGCGCCAAGGGGCUUUUUUUCCUGCGCACCAGGCCCGAGCCGCCGGGGCCCUGCAGCCUCCGCGGCGCAGUGCUUUGCGGGGACGUGCCCGCCGCGCCUCUGGAACACCUGGCCGCGCUGUUCUCUGAGGUCGUUAUCCCCAUCUUGGCCAAUGGGAAGAACCACCUGGACUGGCCCCCUGUGGUACGUCAAGACGUCCAGCGGCACGCCCACAGCCUCCAGUGUGACCUCAUGGUUCUCCUUGAGCAAGUGAGGGGGAAAACUUUGCUGCCUCUUCCCGUAGGCUCAGAAAACAUGGAGUUUGUGGAUUCUGAGAGUGAGACCGUCUUGGAUUCCAUGGAUAAGUCCGUCAUCUAUGCCAUUGAGUCUGCAGUGAUCCAGUGGAGUCGCCAGGUGCAGGUGGUCCUCAACAAGGAGUCUUCCCAGCCACUCUUCCAAGGAGAAAACCCCACCCCCUGGGUGGAGUUGGAGUUCUGGAAGAGCAGGUCUGAGGACCUGGAAUACAUUUACGACCAACUAAGAACGAUAAAGGUGAGGAGCAUGGUGGGGCUCCUGGACAAGCUUCAGAGCAGCUACUUCCCAGCCUUCCAAGCCAUGUGCAGAGAUGUCACAGCAGCUCUGAUGGAGGCGAAGGACAUCCACACGCACCUGAAGCCGCUCCGCCGCCACCUGGAAGCCCUCGAGGCCGUGGAGUUCCCGGAGCUGAAGCCACGGCUGCGGCCUCUGCUCCACGUGGUCUGUCUGAUUUGGGCCACGUGCAAGUCCUACUGCUCCCCGGGGCGGCUCACUGUGCUGCUGCAGGAGAUCUGCAACCUUCUCAUCCAGCAGGCCUCUGAUUAUCUCAGCCCAGAAGACCUCCUGAAAAGCGAAGUGGAAGAAAGUCAGAGAAAACUGCACGUGGUCAUGGACACCUUGAACUUCUUCAAGCAGGUGUUUCGGGACAGAAGGGAGGAUCUCCACACUUACUUCAAGGAGAGCCAGGAAGUCAGGGCGUGGGAUUUCCAGUCUUCUUUGGUGUUUGUGCGAUUGGAUGGCUUCCUGAGACGCCUGCUCGUGGUGCAGGACCUUCUGAAGACGACCUUGGACUUUCACAGCCUGCAGAAGCUCGAGUUCAGUGGCAUCAGAGGCAACGCCCUCAGUCAGCAGGUCCAGCAAAUGGACCACGAAUUUCAGGAGAUGUGCAGGGUCUUCUCAGAGUCCUGCCACGACUGCCUGGACCCCCAAGGCAUGGAAUUUGAAAAUGAUGUCUCUAAAUUUAACCAGAGAGUAGAAGAUCUUGACCGAAGACUGGGGACUAUCUUUAUUCAAGCCUUCGAUGAUGCACCUGAUUUGGAGCACGCCUUUAAGCUGCUAGACAUCGCAGGCAACCUCCUCGAAAGACCACUGGUAGCACGCGAUGCAUCUGAUAAGUACCUGGUGCUCAUCCAGAUGUUUAACAAAGAAUUGGAUACAGUGAGAGCAAUCUACAGUCAGCGUGUCCAGGAGGAGGCAGAACUUGGCUUCUCCUCGGUGCACAAGAACAUGCCCUCGGUGGCCGGGGGUCUUCGCUGGGCCCAGGAGCUGAGGCAGCGCAUCCAGGGUCCCUUCGCCAACUUCAGGCGCAUCACACAUCCUUGCAUGGACUCUGCCGAAGGAAAGCGAAUGAUACAAAAAUAUGAAGAUGUGCUGUCGUUGCUGGAAAAGUACGAGGUAAGUCUGUAUGAGGACUGGUGCCAGACGGUGUCCAAGCAGUCACAGUACAACCUCUCCCGGCCACUUCUGACACGAGACCCAGCGACUAAGCAGAUUACCGUCAACUUUAACCCACAGCUGGUUUCUGUGCUGAAGGAGAUGAGCUACCUUCAGCCCCGGCAGCUGAAGCACAUCCCGGAGACCGCAGCAGCCAUGUUCUCCUCCAGGGAGUUCUAUCGGCAGCUUGUGGCUAAUCUGGAGCUGAUGGCAAAUUGGUACAACAAGGUUAUGAAAACACUGCUGGAGGUGGAAUUUCCAUUAGUGGCGGGAGAGCUGCGGAAUAUCGAUCUCCACCUGCGAGCUGCGGAGGAGGCUCUGAACUGGAAGAGCGAAGGCAUUUGGGAUUAUGUCAUUCAAAUCACCAGUAGCAUUCGUGACCUUGAAAAAAGGAUUCAGAAAACCAAAGACAACGUGGAAGAGAUUCAGAGCAUCAUGAAAACAUGGGUGUCUCCAAUAUUUAAGAGAAAAGAUGGAAAAAGGGAGUGCCUGCUUUCUGUGGAGGAUCAGCACGAUCGGAUGGAAAAAUAUUACAGUUGCAUCAGAGAAUCUGGCCUGAAGAUUCACGCUCUUGUUCAGGAAAACUUGGAUCUUUUCUCAGCAGACCCAACCUCCGAUAUCUGGAAGACUUAUGUUGACUACAUUGAUAAUAUGUUGCUGGAUGGAUUCUUUCUUGCCAUUGAGUGCUCCCUCAAGUACCUCCUGGAAAACACUGAAUGUAAGGCGGGACUCAACCCGAUAUUUGAAGCACAGCUGUGCUUGGCUGUCCCAGAACUGGUUUUCUCCCCAUCCCUGGAGUCUGGAGUGAAGGGUGGCUUCUAUGACAUUGUUGAGGGGCUUGUCACCAGCAUUUUUCGAAUAUCAUCCUUGGUGCCACGGCUUUCCCCACAGAACAGCUCUCCCCACUAUCAGGCUGACAUGGAGGGCCUGGCCGACUUGGCGAGGAUGCGGAGCGUGCUCAUGGAGAGAGCGCAGAGCAUGAUGGCCCUGUGCUGCAGCUACCGAGACACCUUCAGCCAGUAUUCCUACCUGUACGUGGAGGACCGGAGGGAGAUCCUGGGUCAGUUUCUGCUGUAUGGGCACGUCCCCACACCCGAGGAGAUCGAGGCCCACGCAGAAGACGGCAUCCCGGAGAACCCGCCCCUCCUGCAUCAGUUCCAAGCCCAGAUCGACUCCUACGAGCAGCUCUAUGGAGAGGUGUGCAGGCUGGAGCCCAUCAAGGUGUUUGACAGCUGGAUGAAGAUCGACGUGCGGCCCUUCAAAGCGUCUCUGCUGAAUAUAAUCAAGAGGUGGAGCCUCAUGUUCAAACAGCAUCUUGUUGACUAUGUCACUAACAGUUUGGCAGACCUUGACGUGUUUAUAAAAAAUAGCGAGGGCAGCUUGCUCAAGAAAGUCGAAAAAGGAGAUUCCAAUGGACUGGUCGAGAUUAUGGGGCACCUUAUGGCUCUUAAAGAACGGCAGAGCAGCACUGACGAGAUGUUUGAGCCCUUAAAGCAAACCAUUGAAUUGCUGAAGACCUAUGAACAAGAGUUGCCGGAAACGGUGUUUAAGCAGCUGGAGGAGCUGCCUGAGAAAUGGAACAACAUAAAAAAGCUGGCCGUCACUGUGCGGCAGCACGUGGCCCCCCUACAGGCCAGCGAGGUGGCCCUUCUCCGGCAGAGGUGCACCGCCUUCGAGGCUGAGCAGCAGCAGUUCUGGGAGCGAUUCCACAGAGAGGCGCCCUUCAGGUUUGAUAGCACCGACCCUCAUCAAAGCCUGGAUGCCAGGCACAUGGAGCUCCAGCAGAUGGAAUCCGCCAUGGCCUCCAUUUCCGAUUCUGCCAGCUUGUUUGAAGUCAAUGUUCCUGACUACAAGCAGCUGAGGCAGUGCCGGAGGGAGGUCUGCCAGCUGAAGGAGCUCUGGGACACUGUUGGCAUGGUGACCUCCAACAUCCAUGCCUGGGAGGCCACCCCAUGGAAGAGUAUCAAUGUGGAGGCUAUGGACUUGGAGUGCAAAAGGUUUGCCAGGUACCUGCGGAACCUCGACAAGGAGGUCAGGACCUGGGAUGCAUUCACAGGCCUGGAAAGCAUGGUGUUGAACACGCUGACCUCCCUGAGGGCAGUGGCUGAGCUGCAGAACCCGGCCAUCCGGGAGCGGCACUGGAGGCAGCUGAUGCAGGCCACGGGCGUGAGCUUCACCAUGGGCGAGGGCACCACCCUGGCACAGCUUCUGCAGCUCCAGUUGCACCGCUUUGAGGACGAGGUCCAGGGCAUCGUGGACAGAGCUGUGAAGGAGAUGGGUAUGGAGAAGACCUUAAAGGAGCUGCAGGCCACGUGGGCCGGCAUGGAAUUCCAGUAUGAGCCCCACCUGCGGACCAGCGUCCCUCUGCUGCGUUCAGAUGAGGACCUCAUCGAGGUUUUGGAGGAUAACCAAGUCCAACUUCAGAACCUGAUGAUGUCCAAGUACAUCGCCUUUUUCCUGGAGGAAGUGUCAGGCUGGCAGAAGAAGCUGUCCACGGCGGACGCUGUCAUCUCUACAUGGUUUGAUGUGCAGCGGACAUGGUCCCACCUGGAAAGUAUAUUCAUUGGCUCCGAAGACAUCCGGGCUCAGCUGCCCCAGGAUUCUGAAAGAUUUGAGGGCAUUGACAUUGACUUUAAAGAGCUGGCUUAUGAUGCUCAGAAAACUCCAAAUGUAGUGGAAGCCACCAACAAGCCAGGUCUUUAUGAAAGGCUGGAGGACAUUCAGAGCAGAUUGCACCUGUGUGAGAAGGCCCUGGCGGAGUACCUGGACACCAAAAGGCUGGCCUUCCCCAGGUUUUACUUUAUCUCCUCUUCUGAUCUGCUAGAUAUCCUUUCCAACGGCACAGCCCCGCAGCAGGUUCAACGCCACCUUUCCAAACUCUUUGACAAUAUGGCCAGGAUGCAGUUCCAGCUGGACGCCAGUGAGAAGCCAACCAAGAUAAGUCUCGGCAUGUACAGCAAGGAGGAGGAGUACGUGGCCUUCAGUGAGCCCUGCAGCUGCAGUGGGCAGGUGGAAACAUGGUUGAACCACGUGCUUGCUCACAUGAAGGCCACCGUGAGGCAUGAGAUGACUGACGGUGUGACUGCCUAUGAGGAAAAGCCCAGGGAGCAGUGGCUCUUUGACUAUCCAGCUCAGGUAGCCCUGACCUGCACCCAGAUCUGGUGGACCACAGAGGUGGGCAUGGCAUUUGCCAGGCUGGAGGAAGGCUAUGAGAGUUCCAUGAAAGACUAUUACAAGAAGCAAGUGGCCCAGCUCAAAGCCCUCAUCACCAUGCUGAUUGGCCCGCUCUCCAAGGGGGACCGGCAGAAGGUCAUGACCAUAUGCACCAUCGAUGUGCAUGCCCGGGACGUGGUGGCCAAGAUGAUUGCUCAGAAGGUGGACAGUGCCCAGGCCUUUCUCUGGCUGUCCCAGCUGCGGCAUCGUUGGGAUGACGAGGCCAAACACUGCUUUGCCAACAUCUGUGAUGCCCAGUUUCUAUAUUCCUAUGAGUACCUGGGAAAUACACCUCGCCUUGUGAUCACACCUUUGACAGACAGGUGCUACAUCACCCUCACCCAGUCUCUGCACCUGACCAUGAGUGGAGCUCCAGCAGGACCUGCAGGCACAGGCAAGACGGAGACCACCAAGGACCUGGGCCGCGCGCUGGGCAUCAUGGUCUACGUGUUCAACUGCUCAGAGCAGAUGGACUACAAGUCUUGUGGCAACAUCUACAAGGGCCUUGCUCAGACUGGUGCCUGGGGCUGUUUUGAUGAAUUUAAUCGAAUCUCCGUGGAGGUCCUGUCGGUGGUGGCAGUACAGGUGAAAAGCAUUCAAGAUGCAAUUCGAGAUAAGAAGGAGAAGUUCAACUUCCUUGGAGAGGAGAUUAGCCUGAAUCCCUCCGUGGGCAUCUUCAUCACCAUGAACCCCGGCUACGCGGGCCGCACGGAGCUGCCCGAGAACCUGAAGGCUCUCUUCAGGCCCUGCGCCAUGGUGGUUCCAGACUUUGAGCUGAUCUGUGAAAUCAUGCUGGUGGCAGAAGGAUUCAUUGAAGCCCGGUCAUUAGCCAGAAAGUUCAUCACCCUUUACCAGUUGUGCAAAGAGCUUCUCUCCAAACAGGAUCACUAUGACUGGGGCCUGCGGGCCAUCAAGUCUGUGCUGGUGGUGGCAGGAUCUCUAAAGCGAGGAGACCCUGACAGGCCUGAAGACCAAGUCCUGAUGCGCUCCCUGCGAGAUUUCAACAUCCCCAAGAUAGUGACUGAUGACAUGCCAGUGUUCAUGGGCCUGAUCGGGGACCUCUUUCCCACCCUGGAUGUCCCUCGGAGGAGAGACCUCAACUUUGAAGCUUUGGUUAGGAAGGCGGUCGUGGACCUGAAGCUCCAGGCUGAGGACAACUUUGUGCUCAAGGUGGUCCAGCUGGAGGAGCUUCUGGCCGUGCGGCACUCUGUGUUCGUGGUGGGCAGUGCUGGUGCCGGCAAGUCUCAGGUGCUGAGGUCCCUGCACAAGACCUAUCAGAUCAUGAAACGCCGCCCCAUCUGGACUGACCUCAAUCCCAAAGCAGUCACAAAUGAUGAGCUCUUCGGCAUCAUCAACCCGGCCACACGAGAAUGGAAGGAUGGAUUGUUCUCUUCCAUCAUGCGGGAGCUUGCCAACAUCGCCCAUGAUGGGCCCAAGUGGAUUUUGCUGGAUGGCGACAUAGAUCCAAUGUGGAUCGAGUCGCUAAACACUGUCAUGGAUGACAACAAGGUACUGACCCUGGCAAGCAACGAGAGGAUCCCUCUGAACCCCACAAUGAGGCUCCUCUUUGAGAUCAGCCACCUGCGCACGGCCACGCCAGCAACCGUCUCCAGAGCAGGGAUCCUGUACAUCAACCCGGCAGACCUGGGAUGGAGCCCUCCAGUCAGCAGCUGGAUCGACAAGAGGGAGAUCCAGACAGAGAGAGCCAACCUGACCAUCCUGUUUGACAAGUACCUUCCGACCUGCUUAGACACACUCAGAACCAGGUUUAAGAGGAUAAUUCCGAUCCCAGAGCAGAGCAUGGUGCAGACACUCUGCCACCUUCUCGAGUGUCUCCUGACCGAGGAGAACAUCCCCGCGGACUGCCCCAAGGAAACCUAUGAGCUCUAUUUUGUGUUUGCUGCCAUCUGGGCUUUUGGUGGAGCAAUGGUCCAAGAUCAGCUUGUGGACUCCCAGGCAGCGUUCAGCAAGUGGUGGCUGGCCGAGUUCAAGACCGUCAAGUUUCCUCCCCAGGGAACCGUCUUUGACUAUUACAUAGACCCCGAGACCAAGAAAUUUGAGCCAUGGUCCACACUCAUCCCCCGGUUUGAAUUGGACCCUGAGAUGCCUUUGCAGGCUUGUCUGGUGCACACGAGCGAGACCAUCCGCCUGUGCUACUUCAUGGAGCGGCUCCUGCAGCGGCGGCGACCGCUCAUGUUGGUGGGGACCGCGGGCACAGGCAAGUCGGUGCUGGUGGGCGCUAAGCUAGCCAGCCUGGACGCAGAGGAAUACCUGGUGAAAAACGUGCCCUUCAACUACUACACCACGUCGGCGAUGCUGCAGGCUGUCCUGGAGAAGCCUCUGGAGAAGAAGGCAGGGAGAAACUAUGGCCCCCCAGGGAACAAGAAGCUGAUCUACUUCAUCGACGACAUGAACAUGCCGGAGGUGGAUGCCUACGGGACGGUGCAGCCCCACACCCUCAUCAGGCAGCACCUGGACUACGGCCACUGGUAUGAUCGGAACAAGCUGUCUCUAAAGGAGAUCACGAAUGUGCAGUAUGUUUCCUGUAUGAAUCCUACUUCAGGCAGCUUCACCAUCAACCCACGGCUUCAGCGUCACUUCAGUAUCUUUGUCCUCUCCUUCCCGGGAGCAGACGCCCUGUCCUCCAUCUACAGCUCCAUCCUGACUCAGCACCUGAGUCUUGGAAACUUCCCAGCAUCACUGCAGAAAUCCACCCCUCAGCUGAUCAACCUGGCCCUUUCCUUCCAUCAGAAAAUCGCCACCACAUUCCUACCCACGGCAAUCAAAUUCCACUAUAUCUUCAAUCUCCGAGACUUCGCCAACAUUUUCCAGGGCAUUCUCUUCUCCUCGGUGGAGUGUGUGAAAUCCGCACGGGACCUGGUAAAGCUCUAUCUGCACGAAUCAAAUCGUGUUUACCGGGAUAAGAUGGUGGAGGAAAAGGACUUCGUUCUUUUUGAUAAAAUCCAGACAGAAGUGGUCAAGAAAAUUUUUGCUGAUAUGGAAGAGACUGAGGAGCAGACUGGAAGCCUGAACAUGUAUUGCCACUUUGCAAAUGGCAUUGGGGAGCCCAAGUACAUGCCCGUACGAUCAUGGGAACUUUUGACCCAGACUCUGGCGGAAGCCUUGGAGAAUCACAAUGAGGUCAACGCAGUGAUGGACCUGGUUCUGUUUGAGAAUGCCAUGCGCCAUGUCUGCCGCAUCAAUCGCAUCCUGGAGUCCCCACGAGGCAACGCGCUGCUCGUGGGAGUGGGUGGGAGCGGCAAGCAGAGCUUGGCCAGGCUGGCGGCCUUCAUUGGCUCCAUGGACGUGUUCCAGAUCACGCUACGCAAAGGCUACCAGAUCCUGGACUUCAAGAUGGAUCUGGCUGGCUUGUGCCUGAAAGCCGGGGUGAAAAAUCUCAGCACAGUGUUUCUCAUGACUGAUGCCCAGGUGGCCGAUGAGAAGUUCCUUGUGCUCAUCAAUGAUCUCUUGGCAUCUGGCGAGAUCCCAGAUCUCUACUCUGAUGAUGAAGUUGAAAACAUCAUAAGCAAUGUGAGGAAUGAAGUCAAGAGCCAAGGUCUCGUUGACAACAGAGAGAACUGCUGGAAAUUCUUUAUAGAUCGAGUCCGGCGACAGCUGAAGGUGACUCUCUGUUUCUCCCCUGUGGGGAACAAGCUGAGGGUCCGCAGCAGGAAGUUCCCAGCCAUUGUGAACUGCACGGCUAUCGACUGGUUCCACGAGUGGCCUCAGCAGGCGUUGGAGUCUGUCAGCCUCCGCUUCUUGCAGAACACGGAGAGCAUUGAGCCCACAGUCAAGCAGUCGAUUAGCAAGUUCAUGGCUUUUGUCCACACAAGUGUCAACCAGACAUCCCAGUCUUAUCUGAGCAAUGAGCAGCGCUACAACUACACAACCCCCAAGUCAUUUCUGGAGUUCAUCAGACUCUACCAGAGCUUGCUGCGCAGGAAUGGCAAAGAGCUCAAGUCCAAGACGGAGCGGCUUGAGAACGGGCUGCUGAAGCUCCACAGCACCUCUGCCCAGGUGGAUGAUCUGAAAGCCAAGCUGGCCACGCAGGAAGUGGAGCUGAAGCAGAAGAAUGAAGAUGCAGACAAGCUGAUUCAGGAGGUGGGCGUAGAGACCGACAAGGUGAGCCGAGAGAAAGCCAUGGCGGACGAGGAGGAGCAGAAGGUGGCCCUCAUUAUGCUGGAGGUGCAGCAGAAGCAGAAGGACUGUGAAGAAGACCUGGCCAAAGCAGAGCCUGCACUCACAGCAGCCCAGGAAGCUCUCAACACCCUCAACAAGACCAACCUGACCGAGCUGAAGUCCUUCGGCUCUCCCCCUCCGGCCGUCAGCAAUGUCAUGGCCGCCGUGAUGGCGCUCAUGGCCCCCGGGGGGAAGGUGCCCAAGGACCGCAGCUGGAAGGCCGCUAAGGUCGCCAUGGCCGGAGUGCAUGGCUUCCUGGACUCCCUCGUCCACUUUGACAAAGAGAACAUCCACGAGAACUGCCUCAGAGCCGUCAGGCCGCACCUGCAGGACCCCGAGUUCAACCCGGAGUUCGUGGCCACCAAGUCCUACGCGGCUGCGGGCCUCUGCUCCUGGGUCAUCAACAUCGUGAAGUUCUACGAGGUGUUCUGUGAUGUGGAGCCCAAGCGCCAGGCGUUGGGCAGAGCCACCUCGGACCUCACCGCCGCCCAGGAGAAGCUGGCAGCCAUCAAGGCCAAGAUCGCUCACCUGGAUGAAAACCUGGCCAAGCUCACAGCCAAGUUUGAGAGAGCCACAGCAGACAAACUCAAAUGUCAGCAAGAGGCCGAAGCCACCGCGGGCACCAUCUCCCUUGCAAAUCGCCUGGUGGGAGGACUCGCUUCUGAAAACGUGCGGUGGGCAGAAGCUGUGCAGAACUUCAAGCAGCAGGAAAGCACGUUGUGUGGAGACAUUUUACUUACCACGGCCUUCAUUUCCUACCUGGGUUUCUUUACAAAGAAAUACCGGCGGAGCCUCGUGGACGGGACCUGGAGACCCUACCUGAGCCAGCUGCAAGUCCGCAUCCCGGUCACCCCCAGCCUGGACCCCCUGAGGAUGCUGACGGAUGAUGCCGACGUGGCUGCCUGGCAGAACCAGGGCCUCCCUGCCGACCGCAUGUCCGUGGAGAAUGCCACCAUCCUCAUCACCUGUGAACGCUGGCCGCUCCUGGUUGACCCUCAGCUGCAAGGCAUCAAAUGGGUCAAGAACAAAUACGGAGAAGACCUCCGGGUCACCCAGAUCGGUCAGAAGGGCUACCUCCAAACCAUAGAGCAAGCUCUGGAAGCUGGAGACGUGGUGCUGAUUGAAAACCUGGAGGAGUCCAUUGAUCCUGUCCUGGGACCACUGCUCGGGAGAGAAGUCAUUAAAAAAGGACGGUUCAUUAAAAUCGGAGACAAAGAGUGUGAAUACAACCCCAAGUUCCGGCUCAUACUUCACACCAAGCUGGCCAAUCCUCACUACCAGCCGGAGCUGCAGGCUCAGGCCACCCUCAUCAACUUCACUGUGACCAGGGACGGCCUGGAGGACCAGCUGCUGGCCGCUGUGGUCAGCAUGGAGAGGCCAGACCUGGAGCAGCUGAAGUCAGAUCUCACGAAGCAGCAGAACGGGUUCAAAAUCACCCUGAAAACACUGGAAGACAGCCUGCUGUCCCGCCUCUCCUCGGCCUCUGGGGACUUCCUGGGAGAAACGGCCUUGGUGGAGAACCUGGAGGUCACCAAGCAGACCGCGGCGGAAGUCGAGGAAAAGGUCCAGGAGGCCAAGGUGACCGAAGUGAAAAUCAACGAGGCCCGGGAGCACUAUCGACCGGUGGCCGCCCGUGCCUCUCUGCUCUACUUCAUCAUGAACGACCUCAGCAGGAUCCACCCCAUGUACCAGUUUUCUCUCAAGGCCUUCAGCAGCGUCUUCCAGAGGGCGGUGGAGAAGGCCGCGCCCCACGAGAGUCUCCCGCAGCGCGUGGCCAACCUGCUGGACAGCAUCACCUUCUCCGUGUUCCAGUACACCACCCGCGGGCUCUUCGAGUGUGAUAAGCUGACUUACCUGGCCCAGCUCACCUUUCAGAUCCUCCUCCUGAACCAGGCGGUCGGGGCGGCAGAGCUGGACUUCCUGCUGCGAUCCCCCGUGCAGGCCGGCGUCACCAGCCCAGUGGAGUUCCUCUCCCAUCAGGCCUGGGGAGGCAUCAAGGCUCUUUCAGCCAUGGAGGAAUUCUGUAAUCUGGACCGGGACAUUGAGGGAUCUGCCAAGAGCUGGAAGAAGUUUGUGGAAUCGGAAUGUCCUGAGAAGGAGAAGUUCCCGCAGGAGUGGAAGAGCAAGACGGCCCUGCAGCGCCUCUGCAUGAUGAGGGUCAUGCGGCCGGACCGGAUGACCUAUGCCAUGAGGCAUUUUGUUGAGGAGACAUUAGGAAGCAAAUACGUGGUGGGAAGAGCAUUAGACUUUGCAACCUCACUUGAAGAAUCAGGACCAGCCUCCCCCAUAUUUUUCAUCCUGUCUCCAGGGGUGGACCCACUGAAGGAUGUGGAAAAUCAAGGUAAAAAGCUCGGAUACACCUUCAACAAUCGGAACUUCCACAACGUAUCUUUGGGGCAAGGACAGGAGGUGGUGGCUGAGGCCGCGCUGGAUCUCGCUGCGAAGAAAGGUCACUGGGUCAUUUUGCAGAACAUCCACCUGGUUGCCAAGUGGCUCAGCACGCUGGAGAAGAAGCUGGAGGAGCUCAGUGCAAGCAGCCACCCGGAGUUCAGGGUCUUCAUCAGUGCAGAGCCUGCGCCCGCCCCCGAGGGCCACAUCAUCCCCCAGGGCAUCCUGGAGAACUCCAUCAAGAUCACCAAUGAGCCUCCCACCGGCAUGCAUGCCAACCUGCACAAGGCCCUGGACAACUUCACUCAGGACACCCUGGAGACGUGCUCCCGGGACGCGGAGUUCAAGAGCAUCCUCUUUGCUCUCUGUUACUUCCACGCGGUGGUGGCGGAAAGACGAAAGUUCGGGCCGCAGGGGUGGAAUCGCUCCUACCCCUUCAACACUGGGGACCUCACCAUCUCGGUGCACGUGCUCUACAACUUCCUGGAGGCCAACGCCAAGGUCCCCUAUGAUGACUUGCGUUACCUCUUCGGAGAGAUCAUGUAUGGAGGCCAUAUCACCGAUGACUGGGACAGGAGACUCUGCAGGACGUAUCUGGAGGAAUUCAUUAAACCAGAAAUGCUUGAAGGAGAGCUGACUCUGGCCCCAGGGUUCCCACUCCCAGGCAACAUGGACUACAAUGGUUACCAUGAGUACAUUGAUGCCGAGCUGCCCCCCGAGUCACCAUACCUCUACGGCCUCCACCCCAAUGCGGAGAUCGGCUUCCUGACCCAGACCUCAGAGAAGCUCUUCCGCACGGUGCUGGAGCUGCAGCCGCGGGACAGCCACGUCGGGGACGGAGUGGCGGCCACGAGGGAAGAGAAGGUCAAGGCCCUUCUGGAGGAAAUACUGGAGCGGGUGACAGACGAGUUUAACAUCUCAGAGCUGAUGGCCAGGGUGGAGGAGCGCACCCCCUACAUCGUGGUUGCCUUGCAGGAGUGUGAGCGGAUGAACACACUCACCGGGGAGAUCCGGCGCUCGCUGAGGGAGCUGCACCUCGGCCUGAAGGGGGAGCUGACCAUGACCAGUGACAUGGAGAACUUAGAGAACAACCUAUACCUAGACACCGUGCCAGAGCCCUGGGCCAGACGAGCCUACCCUUCCACAGCAGGCCUGGCUGUCUGGUUUUUGGACCUCCUCAGCCGAAUCAAGGAGUUGGAGGCUUGGGUAGGUGACUUUGCAAUGCCCUCCACAGUGUGGCUGACAGGCUUCUUCAACCCCCAGUCCUUCCUGACCGCCAUAAUGCAGUCCAUGGCCCGCAAGAAUGAGUGGCCGCUGGACCAGAUGGCCCUGCAAUGUGACGUGACCAAGAAGAAUCGAGAGGACUUCAGAAGCCCUCCUCGGGAAGGAGUCUAUGUCCAUGGCCUCUUCAUGGAAGGUGCUCGCUGGGAUACACAGGCUGGGGUCAUUACAGAGGCCAAGCUCAAGGAUCUGACACCCCCCAUGCCUGUGAUGUUCAUCAAGGCCAUUCCUGCAGACAAGCAAGAUCGCCGCAGUGUCUACUCUUGUCCUGUAUACAAGACAUGUCAGCGGGGACCCACCUACGUAUGGACUUUCAACCUGAAGACCAAGGAGAACCCAUCCAAGUGGGUUCUGGCUGGAGUAGCUUUGCUUCUCCAGAUUUAG